UGCAACGCAGCCUAUAAAGGUUGUGCCAGUCACUGCUCGGUAGAGUUUUUAGCGGUUAACCAGCAGUAGAUUUGCUUAUUUGGCUCAGAUCGGCUCGAUGUGCUUAUAUACGAGCAAGUAUAUGAUCCACGGCUCUAAGGCUAAGGAUAAGAGAUGAGGAUCCCGACUGCUAAAGCGUCACAAUCAACAUCAACAGUGAGCAAGAUGUGGAGUAUUCUAUCCAGUCAACUCCAGGUCAACUAUACAAACGAUGGCGGCUUCGUCUAUCGUACAUGUGUCACGAUCCCCGCGUGUCAUACAGACGUCGGUGCGGGAGAGGCCAAGGCACAAUGUUCCACAUCCGCCCCCUCAGGAUGCAGCACAUUAAAAGCAUUGCAGGGUUUACGGACAUCCGCCAUUGCCGGGUCCUCUCUUUACAUCUCCCAUGACGCAUGAUGACCUGCUGGCGGGGGCGUCCGAAUUCUGCGCCAUUCGUAGGCGGUGCGUCCCACACCUCAACC